CUCGAACACUCUUGCAUUUUACGUUAAAAAAAAAAAAAAAAGGAAAGAAAAAGUGAAAUGCAUUUCAGAAAGGCCAAGAAGCAUCUUCUCAUGCUUACAUGUUAAAUCUCAUUUCUCGAUAUUCCACCAUAUUCAAGAAACUCUUAGACCCUUCUCCAAAUGUCCUGACCCAAAUCCACAGCUCCCUUUAAAUCUUGUCCCAACCUUCUUCGCAAAAAAUAACCAAGUUCCAUCUCUUCUUUUUAAAGUUUCCCUCUCUUUUAGUUCUAUUUUAAGAUCAAGAAUGGCUUUGGCACGACUAGCCUUGAGGAACUCACUGUCCACAAGGGUUAGUUCUUCUUCUUCUUCUUCUUCUUCUUUAGUGGGUAGUGUUGGUGAUGUGAAAGGGCAAAUUUGGAACAGUGAAUUGUUGAAGAGGUUUAUGGUAACUGGUGCUGAUAAGGUAGCUGGUGAGACCUCAGAUGGCAAAGAGGUUGCUGUGAGUGAUAGUAAGAAGCCUUCUAAGCUUUUUUCUAAGAGGAAAGGCAGGAGGGGCCUUUGGAGGGGCAACGGACAAGAAUUUGUUCCUCAACUUUUUGGAUUAGGAAAUGCACUAUUGCAAGCAAGUGAAAACAUGAACAGACUAAUCCAAAACCUAAAUUUGACACCAACAAACCUGAUGGGUCGUUUCAAAGAGAAAGACCAGUGCUACAAAGUAAGAUAUGAAGUGCCUGGACUUUCCAAAGAAGACCUGAAAAUCACCAUUGACGAUGGAGUUUUAACAAUAAAAGGAGAGCAUAAAGAAGAGGAAGAAGAAGGAUCAGAUGAUGAGCGUUGGUCAAUGAGAAGCUAUGGAUACUAUAACACAAGUGUUUUGUUGCCUGAUGAUGCUAAAGUUGAUGAAAUUAAAGCUGAAUUGAAAAAUGGUGUCCUGCAUAUUUCUAUUCCAAGAACUGAACAGCCUAAGAAAGAUGCCAAGGAGGUUCCUAUCCAUUGAUGGAUGUGAGGUUUCUUUUUGUAUGCUAAAACUGGUCGAUUGAGUCUGGUUUUUCAAUUCGAUCAGUUUGUGCUUAAUUAAUGAAGUGUGCGUGAAGAAUAACUUAUAACAAGAUUAAAUUGCAAUUUGUUUUUUGUUCUUGGGUGACAUCGUUCCUAUCUUAUUAUAAUUAUAUUCCUGUAAUAUGUUCCUGUUGGAGUAAUAAGUAUAAGUUUUUCUGUUUGCGUAAAA